GUCACUCAGUACAACCCCGCAAGACUACAACAAGGCUGGGAGUGGGAGGGAGGACUUGGGAAGCAAAACAUGGCGAAAUAACAAGUUUGCCCGUACGCCGCAGUUUGAAGCUGCACCGCAUAUUGCAGUGUUGGAGUACAACAACAAGUUCCGAAUAUUUCGGACGCUGGAGAACGAAAGCAACGCUUAACUUUAAAGCGUCGAGGGCCCCGGUUUACAAGUAUUACGGUGGCUGGCGAGAACGUAGUGCCUGCCUGUCUGCCUGCUUGUGUUUUCCCCGGAAGGUUGGCAGUGCUAGGCGCGACUGUCAAAACAGAAAAUGGAUUAAGAAGUUAAGUUUAUUCUGGAAAAGAAUGUUUAGGUUGCUAGCUUAGCCACGUUAGCUAACCAGUUAACAUUAACGUCGGGUUUGACGGAUCGCUCACACCUGACUCUGUAGUUAUUCAGAUUAUCGUGCGCCUUUGCCCCGAAACUGGGUAAUAUUUAAGUCGUGUUAACAAGUUGGACAACUGCAGUCGCGUAGAUUCGUGUCUUAACCGAGGACAUUAUUUUAAUUUUCCGCUCCAAUCCAGUGGUAACAUUUUGAGAGGACGUCUAUUUUAGGCUAAUAAUGCCCGCUUGACAGUCGGUUCUGGUGCGGACGGACCCGGACGCCAUCACAUCAGACGUUGCGUUCUCCUUAAAAAAACAACCAUUGCGUUGCUGAGCAGUAAAUGUUAUUUUUACUUUACCAAACAUUACAAGGAAUGUCUCAGCGGCAGUGGUAGUUUUUUCCCUCUUCAUUUUCUCAUGGAUAACAUUAGCUGUAAUGUUACACAGCAGCAGUCAAAAUGAACGCAGCAAGGUGUCCAACAACAUUGGAGGUGCAUCGCAUUAAAAACCUGCCAGUUGUUAGAGCGGUGCCGAUGGCCGGCUAAUGGUGACGUUGACAUUUUGUUGAAAUCUCCUACUUUAAGUUGAAUGUGUUUAUUUUUUUUGUUCAGAUAUCGCUACCCGAUUUUUCCUCUUAAAACAACUGCGGAUAACAUCAUAGAUCUGGGCUAGAGUUGACGUGAGCUAGCCAGCUGGGUGCGUCUGUGGCAGCUCUAUCUGCGAUGUGUCUGCUAAUCUAAAUGCUACCGUGUUCAGCAACAAAUCAGCACAUUGCAAAGCCCGCUCCCUCUGUUUUCUCUACAGUAAAGCCAUUUUGUGCUCGCUUAAACAGCCACUUCAAAUUUUUCCCAAGCACUUCUUGUCAAAUAAGUGGCUAACUUGUUAGCUAACGUGAUAAGUUUCGCCAGCUAUGUCUGAAAACGCCCCCACACGAAGCCUGGAUGACAUAGACCUCGCAGCUCUGAGGGAUCCAGCAGGGAUCUUUGAGCUGGUCGAGGUCGUCGGCAAUGGGACAUAUGGGCAGGUGUACAAGGGCCGUCACGUGAAGACGGGCCAGCUGGCUGCCAUCAAGGUGAUGGAUGUUACAGAGGAGGAGGAAGAGGAGAUCAAAGCAGAAAUCAACAUGCUGAAAAAAUACAGCCACCACCGCAACAUAGCCACGUACUACGGUGCCUUUGUCAAGAAGAGUCCACCAGGACACGAUGACCAACUCUGGCUGGUGAUGGAGUUUUGUGGGGCCGGGUCAGUGACCGACUUGGUGAAAAACACCAAGGGCAGCUCUCUGAAGGAGGACUGGAUUGCCUACAUCUGCAGAGAGAUCUUGAGGGGCCUUUCUCACCUUCACGCCCAUAAAGUCAUCCACAGGGACAUCAAGGGUCAGAAUGUGCUGCUAACAGAGAACGCCGAGGUCAAACUCGUUGAUUUCGGGGUGAGCGCUCAGCUGGACAGGACCGUUGGGCGUAGGAAUACCUUCAUUGGCACACCUUACUGGAUGGCACCGGAGGUCAUCGCCUGUGAUGAGAACCCUGACUCCACCUACGACUACAGGAGUGAUAUCUGGUCCCUGGGGAUAACGGCCAUUGAGAUGGCAGAGGGAGCUCCGCCAUUGUGUGACAUGCACCCAAUGAGAGCCCUCUUCCUGAUUCCCAGGAAUCCCCCGCCUAAACUUAAAUCCAAAAAAUGGUCCAAGAAAUUCAUUGACUUUAUAGAGGGCUGUCUGGUGAAGACAUACACCAGCCGACCAUCCACAGAACAGCUGCUCAAGCACUCCUUCAUCAGGGACCAGCCUACUGAGCGCCAGGUCCGAAUUCAGCUCAAAGACCACAUCGACCGUACUCGCAAGAAGAGGGGAGAGAAAGAAGAGACAGAGUAUGAGUACAGUGGCAGUGAUGAGGAGGAUGAAAAUCGUGGAGAUGACAGAGAGUCAAGCUCAAUCCUCAAUGUGCCUGGUGAGUCCACCCUGAGGCGGGACUUCCAGCGUCUGCAGCAGGAGAACAAAGAGCGCUCCGAGGCUCACAAGAGGCAGCAGGCCCAACUGGCAGCUCAGCGCAGGGACCCUGAGGAACACAAGAGGCAACUGCUGCAUGACCGACAGAAACGCAUCGAGGAGCAGAAGGAACAGCGUCGCCGACUUGAGGAGCAACAGAGAAAAGAGCGAGAGAUGGUGAGGCAGCAAGAAAAAGGUCCCCAUCGGAGACUCGACGAUAUGAGACGGGAGGAAGAUAGAAGGUUGGCUGAAAGGGAGCAGGAGUUUAUCAGACAUAAGUUAGAAGAAGAGCAGCGGCAGUUAGAAAUCCUUCAGCAGCAGUUGCUUCAGGAGCAGGCACUGCUUAUGGAGUAUAAACGCAAGCAACUGGAGGAGCAGCGUCAGUCAGAGCGGCUGCAGAGACAACUGCAGCAGGAGCAUGCUUACCUGGUGUCCCUGCAACAGCAGCAGCAGGAAAAGAAGCCCCAACUCUACCACUAUAACAAAAACCUGGAGCCCAACAACAAACCUACUUGGGCCCGUGAGGUGGAGGAGCGGAGUAAGCUCAACAGACAGGGCUCACCCAAAAUCUGCACCACAGUCUCUGAUACUGCCAUCCAGUCACGCUCAGACUCAAUCAGCCAGUCAGGAGUGGGCCAGUCUUCUCAGACCCCACCAAUGCAGAGGCCCGUUGAACCGCAAGGGGGGCAGGGCAAGUUCCAGAUGGCUCACUUGGUUCCACUGAAGCCUUAUGCUGCCCCUGUCCCUCGCUCCCAGUCCCUCUGUGACCAGCCCACUAAGACCAUGUCCGCCUUCCCCACCCAGGACCCUUCCCUUACCCCCACACCUCGACCCAUCCACUCUAGAGAGCUGGUGCGUCAGAACUCGGACCCCACCUCUGAGAAUCCGGCACCACUGGUACACCAAAUCAGAGAGGAUCGCGGCCCCUGGAUACGCCUUCCAGAUGUGGAACUCCCACCCAAGAUUCCCCAGAGGACAGCAUCUAUUGCCACAGCUCUCAACACCAACCUGACCUCUGGCAUAAGGCAUCCAGUGAGAGCCAGCAAUCCAGAUCUCAGCCGCAAUGAUCGCUGGGAGAGAGGAGACAGUAUCAGCAUCAUCUCCAAUCUUCCACAGACCGGCUCUCUAGAGAGGCAUCGCAUCCUCAGUUCCUCCAAAAUGGAUUCACCCAUGCUGUCCCAUGACAGUCGUCAUAAGCCCGGGGAGUCUCGCACCUCUUCUCGCCCUGGGCGCCCUGCUGACCAUGGCCUCUUUGCCAAGGAGCGCGCUGAGGAGCAGCCGAGGCCCCCAGUCAAGGCCAACGAUUACUCCUCUUCCUCAGAGAGCAGCGAGAGCAGCGAGGAGAGCGAGAGCGGCGAGGGAGCAGAGGAAGAAGAGAGCCCCACAGAUCGUCACAGGGAUGCAGACACUGAUUCAGUCAACACUAUGGUGGUUCAUGAAGACGAGGGCGAGGGGGGAGAAGGAGAGCAGGCUGGAGGUUAUGGGGAUCAGACCAUGCUGGUGCAGAGGACUCCAGAGAAGCGGAGCCAUAAUGGAUACACUAACUUGCCAGAUGUGGUGCAGCCCUCCCACUCCCCCACCGAUUCAGCCACUCACUCCUCCCCAGGGAAAGACUCUGUGUAUGAUUAUCAGUCCAGAGGUUUGGUGAAGGCAUCUGGAAAGUCCUCCUUCACCACCUUUGUGGAUCUGGGCAUGUACCAGUCACCAGGAAGUACAGGGGAUAACAUGUCCAUCACUGGCUCCAGGUUUGAGCAGCUGAAGAUGGAAGUGAGAAAAGGAUCCAUGGUGAAUGUAAAUCCCACUAACACACGCCCCCCCAACGACACACCCGAGAUCCGCAAGUACAAGAAGAGGUUCAACUCUGAGAUCCUGUGUGCUGCUCUCUGGGGUGUGAACCUGUUGGUGGGCACAGAGAACGGUUUGAAGCUGCUGGACCGUAGUGGUCAGGGCAAGGUUUACCCCCUCAUCAACUCCCGCAGGUUCCAACAGAUGGACGUCCUGGAGGGCCUCAACCUGCUCAUCACCAUAUCAGGCAAGAAAAACAAGGUGCGUGUCUACUACCUGGCCUGGCUGAGGAAUAAGAUCCUUCACAACGACCCGGAGGUGGAGAAGAAGCAAGGCUGGACCACUGUGGGCGAGAUGGAGGGCUGUGUGCACUACAAAGUGGUGAAAUAUGAGAGGAUAAAGUUCCUGGUGAUUGCUUUGAAGAAUGCAGUGGAGGUGUACGCCUGGGCGCCCAAACCUUAUCACAAAUUCAUGGCUUUCAAGUCAUUCGCAGACCUGCCACACAGGCCUGUCCUCGUCGACCUGACGGUGGAGGAGGGUCAGAGGUUAAAGGUCAUCUACGGUUCCUGCGCUGGCUUCCACGCCAUCGACGUGGACUCCGGAAACAACUAUGACAUUUACAUCCCAGUUCAUAUCCAGAGCCACGUGACACCGCACGCUAUUGUGUUCCUGCCUAGCUCAGACGGCAUGGAGAUGCUGCUGUGCUAUGAGGAUGAGGGCGUCUACGUCAACACCUACGGACGCAUCAUCAAGGAUGUCGUCCUGCAGUGGGGAGAAAUGCCCACAUCUGUUGCUCAUAUCUGCUCAAAUCAGAUCAUGGGCUGGGGGGAAAAGGCCAUUGAGAUCCGUUCUGUGGAGACGGGCCAUCUGGACGGUGUCUUCAUGCACAAAAGAGCUCAACGGCUGAAAUUCCUUUGUGAGAGGAAUGACAAGGUGUUCUUUGCAUCAGUGCGGUCUGGAGGCAGCAGCCAGGUGUACUUCAUGACCCUGAACAGAAACUGCAUCAUGAACUGGUGAAGGAACAGCAGCUCCGGUCAGUGUGCUGAACCUAGCAGGGGGUUUUGGAGAAGGAAGUGCAUCGGAAAUUCUCGCAAAAAAAGAAACCCCUACAAAAAACCGCAUGCACACAACACCUCUCUCUCUUUUUCUCCAGCUCGCUCUCACUCACGCACUCAUAUUCCGAAGACACACACACACGCACACACACACACAAACACACAUGCUGUAAUACACAUAAACACACACACACAAUCUCUAAAUCCAUUCCAGCCUACACUCCUUAAGAUACAGUUUCUGCCGAGGCCCCCUGAUAACAUUCUCCCUUGAAUCAUAAUGAAUAAUCACUUAUGAGCUUCAAAUGUUAAUACCAUCUAUUAAUUUGUACUGUAUAUAUUCUCGUCUUGAUUUACUUGGUGGACCUGUGUUCAGACGUAACUAUUUAGUUUCUAAUCGUGAAGUACAUAUGUUAAAAAAAAAAAAACAUUCCUUGAUGGUUAUACAGUACAUUUUGAGGAAGGCAUUAUUUACCAAUACUGUAUGUGGAAAUGAAGCUGUAAAUAGAUAGCACCUGACAUUUAGAUUUCAAUCAUUUGCAGGCCUUUUACAGUAUAUAGCCUCCAUUUAGUGCGUUGCCACAGGACACACAUAUGUCAAAUAAUAAAAAGCUGGCACACUCAUCUGCAGCGGCUUGUGGACCCCCAUUGUUUUGGGGCUCCUACAAUUUCAGAGAGGCUUAAAGGAAGACAAAAUAUUCACAAAGGGAUAUUUGAGUCAGGACAAAGUAGUUCAUUGAAAUAUCUUUAGUUAUCUUCAGCAGACGGUAAGCUAAAGUCCUGCGUUCACCAACCGUUUUCUGGCCUCAAUGGCAAACAAUGUUGCAACUCUUGAUCACGACACGUGCGCCUUGAACGCUUCAAAAGCGAAAUACAUUCAGUUUAAAAAUGAAUAGAUAACAAAAACAAUCAGAGGUUUCAUACAUGUGCAUUACUCAAAAAGUAGUAUCAGUACUGUGAAAUCUCCUGCUUUAAUUUUUUUUUCUCUGGUUUAGCUGAAACCAUUAAUUAUUUGACUCAUCAGGCUUGUAUCUAAACUUAUCUUGUUUUCAUAGAUUUACAAUAAAAACAGUGUAGUGAUUCUGUAUUGGUAUUAACCUACUGGUAUUCUUACUUUUACUCUACUGUAAUUAUAUUGCCAUUAUAUUGCAAUAUACACUAUUCUUGUGGAGUCUUUGUUUGAAAAGGGGAGUUGUGCAUUUGGCUGGUUGUGUUAGGGAGGAUGAUGACAUAGCUUUGGAGGAGAGAGAGCGGGACCAGACGUUUGUCAGUAAAGGAGGACGUUCGGAGAAACGUGGUGGGCUGGUGUCACAGACAUUGUGAUGAUCGAGGGAGAUCAUUUUCGGUGACCCUCUUAUCGCAGUGAUCUAUUCUACUGUAUAAUAUUUCAGUUCUAUUUCGUUAGUGUGACUCUUUUGUGACAAGUGUUUGUCCAGGGGAUUGCAAUAGAACAGCUCGUAGUGCUUUAAAGUCGAUAUUUGUCUCGGGCCAGUGGAAAGACUUAAUUUAGGGUGUCUCUGCAAUACAACAGAGGACUCCGUCUCAUCGGACACUUUGGAGAACAUGGCUGGAACACAUGAGACUUAAUAUAUUUUAUAUCUAUACAUUCUGCCAAAGUUCACAGGAUAUUCUGCAACGGGGGUAUGAAUCGAAGCCAAAGGGUGUAAGAGAGCUUAAAUGACUAGAAACUCAUCCUGCAGAUCACUAAACAAAAUUUCCCUUUCAGUACAUCCAAACCAUACAUUCAAAACGCCUGCUGAAUUCUCAGUAGUACCAUAUCCGCUGCAUAAGGGAAAUAACUGUGUGCUCCCAUACUCCAAGCAGUAUGGUAGAAGUGCUGCAUGAGGCAGUGUUAUCAGGAAAUAGCUCGGGGAUUUUCUGAAAGCAGUAGAUAGGUCAACACAUGAAUUAAGCUUUUUGUUCAGUGAUUCACAAAGCUGCAACAACAGCGUGCUGCCGCGCCCUGUCGACGUCAACAAGUUGAAAGUCAAGGUGGUUUUCUCUUAUCAGCACAGAGUCAUCAGGAAGGUAUUUCUGAUCAAGAUAGUUCAUCAGCUUCUAAAUAAACGCUGACAUAAAGAAUGGGACUGUACUUUUUUUUUGUAAAACUGCCAAUAAAAGCUUUUGGAUAUUCUGAAGGGAAUCUUGGAUUAGUGAUCAACAGGAUAGUCUGAUUAAAGUUGCCCUUUUAAAGCUGAGGAGAUAUAUUUUAUAUAGUCAAAGAGAAAGCUAUUAAGACUGCAGUUUACGUUCAGGGCAGAGAGCUUUUAUUCUAAGAUGAUAUAAAUAGAUGGUUAAUUUAAUGGUUAAGAUUAUAAAACAAGCUGUACAUGGGCAUGGAAAGCACUUUCACGUCAGUAAACGUACAUUUACGAAUAUAUCGAGCAGAUACUUUGGUGUGCAUGUAAGCCAUUGAAAUAGAGUAUAUAGUACUGUAUCAAAGUUUUUUUCCCCUUUUAGCGAGUGUGUUUUUAUCCUUGGGUUCCUGUUCUUUGUGUUAUGUGCCAUGACGUGUGUUCAUUUCAAAACGUCACAGUCGCAAUUACACCAGGAGCUCUGGCACCCGUGCUUUUUACGGUCAAGUCAUUCUUUUUUUAUCAAUCUGCCAUGUUUACAGUUUAAGCAGUGCCUUGGAGUUGGGAAGGUGAGAGGUUUUAGGAUGGGUUGUGAGCCCCCCCCCUUACCCCGCCCUGCACACACACACACACACAACUGGUCUCUUACUUGAAAUCCCAUAAAGAAGAGGCACAACUACAUUUGCUCCCUCAUUAUGAUUAAUGUCUUGUGCCAGUUAAAAGUGCACUUAAGUUAAAUCCAGAACAUCCAGUAGAUACACUUGAAAUGCGUUUUUGACACACAUACAACACAUCAAAUGAUUAACAGACAGUAAUCAAUUCAGAAGGUUGCAAUAACAAAUAAGUUAUUCCAAUGAAUCCAGUGUAUUAUGUAAAGGAUCCACUCAGAACGGGAGCCAGCAUAGAGAAAAGCCAUACGUAUGAAACCUGUUCGUUGUAGAAAACUUAAUUGUACUCGUGCACAGAUCAGAUUAAACUCAGUAUGUGAUGUAGGCUCUUGCAGCAAAGAUGAGGUUAAGCGCUUAUUCUUUAAUGAUGUUGAUCGUGUAAUCUUGUAGUGGGGAAAGUAGCUUGAUAUAUUCUGAGAAGCCUAUUUUAUAAAAUAUGUAAAUUAGUCUAUAUUGAGAGAUUAAAAAAAAAGUGAAUGUACAUCUAUAAGACAGAUUUGUAUUUAUAUAAAAAUGUGUACCGCUCUAUUAAUCAAAGCACAAUGUAUUUUACGGCAGAGAGAUCAAAAUUAUAAGAGUGUAACAAAGAGACGGAGGUUUUUUUCAUUUUUUUUCUCAUUCUAGCGGCCAUCGGUGUGUUAUAAGUGUAGUAGUAGCUGACAGCCGAGGACAGACUUUCUGUUGCAUUAUCCAGACAGAAAACUCUUUCCUGUCUUCUUGUCACCAUAAGAGUCGGCUGUGGCUGUGAUUCAGACACUUAUUAAACUGGUGGUGACUCACAGAUCGGUGUUGGAUCUGGCCUCGGUGUAAAUUGCCUGUUCGGGGUCGACAGGGAAACGUCACACAGGUGGCACAGUGGUGAUGUGAGGGGCAUAAUGGCCCUCGUUCAUGAGGUUAUUUAAUAGCUCCUGGCUUUGGGGUUAUAUCAGGAAAAAAAGGCGACAUAUAAAGAAUGAACAGCGAGCGGUCACAAUCACAGAAUGCAGACAAAGACAAUUAGUAAUAUAUCUUGAUAAUGUCAGUUUUAUGUGUUUUUGUCAUCAGGUAUGAGUUCUGAAGUGUCUUUUUAAUACUGAGGUGGUGCACCAAACACUACAUACAGAGUGACGGUCGGGCUUUUCCUCUGCCAUUUUGCUUGCAGCAUCUCACGUGUUGCCUAGUAACAUCAUUCAGUGCGCUUUUUUUAGAAGAAGAUGUAGGAGCUAAAAAUCUCAUUUGGCUUUCUAAUGUUGCCGAGUUUAUUUUUGAAAAUCUGCCUCCCCAGACACACACAGACACUGAUCACUUUUUCACUUUGGUAUUGUAUAACUGAACAUUUGACGACACCGACAUGACAAAUAUAAUCAACACAUCUACCGACAUAAAUAUUAAAUGUACUUGAAAUACUUGGCUGUAUUUCUACCUUGGCUGCAGUGCACAAGCUUAGUGUCACACAUUGACAGUUAUACAAGAUAACUGUAUAAGUACACUGGAGAUAUAUACACAGCUAAAUACUCAAUAAAAUACUAUUUGUGCUGCUUUUACAGGAAUAUUCAAUCCAUGUAAAAGAAAGUCAUCAUUAAAAAAGAACCAUAUCAUAUUUAUUCUAACAUCUUUAUUUCCUUAUUUGUGUUGACUGUUCUUCUGGAUACAAUUUCAAGUGAAUUCUUUGAUGUGAUUUGUAGUAACAUCAGACUUUUAUGAUCAUUGUUUUACCAAUAAAAAAUAAUCUCAAAACUAGCUCCUAAAUCUUGUGACUCAACAUCAUAACCAAUGCCUUGUAAUAAUCAUCUACAUUCAGUUUUUGGAUGAAGUAACAAGUCAUCACUUCCAAACAUGAAGUUUGUUGCCUCAUUUGAUGCACCUGAAUUUCUUUGAAUGGGUUGCAGGUUUAUGACACAGAAAAAGAGGCUCUGCUUUGGUGAUUUUCCCUAAAAGCACCCAAAGUGUUAUUUCAUUUUGUGCCAAGAGCCAUUAAAACUCCUGAACCUCAACAACUCACUUUGUGUCAGUCUGACCGCAAGUGAAAGCAGAUUUGAUCGCUGAAUUCAAGUAACUGCGCUGAGGCAGCCGAGAUGCACAAAAACGAGUUUGCUGUCAGGAGGAGAGAGGCACCACUCAGUUGUAAGUGGAGAGCUAAAGGUGUAGAACAUCACCCUGAAAGAUGAGAACAUUUCUUUUUUUUUAAUAAGCAAUACAAGCAUUGGAACAAAUCAAACGCUGUGGCUGUCCAUCUCAGUGUGACUUGUGAUUCUUCAGUGGCCUUUGGCAGACUGAAUGUAGGCUGGUUUGUGUGUUGCUUGCUACAGAAAUUGUUCUUGCUUUUCUUUUCUUUUUUCUCUCUCUUAAUGUCUGUAAUCACAAGAAACAACAGCUUCUCUCUGUCAGUUUAACACAAUCAACUGUUGGGAUGCUCGUUCUUGUUUUGCAGUGAUGAAAUCCCAGAAAUUGCCUUUAUGAACUUGGAAGUGAACAGACGAUAGAUAAUAUUCAUAGCUUGUAUUUCUAAGUAUAAUCAAGUAUGAAUGGAUUAGCAGCUGUAGCUGGGUGGGAGUGAGGCAGAUCAUACUCGGGGAGCUCAGAAACAGAUCUUUGGACAGAACUACAAUAUCUAUUAUUCUUUUUCAAUAACUUUUUUUUUUUUAAA